AUGAAGGGAAUUGAUAAUGGAUUUAGGGACUACCUGGUUAGUAGUUUGGGUGACUGUGCUUACGAGCUAACUAUGGUGGGGUUCCAUGAAAAGCUUAAGAAAUUAAAAGAGGAGGAUAAACAACGAGCACAUAGUUUUUUCAAAGAGUUGGCACCUGAGCAUUGGGUAAAUUCAUACUUCAGGGGCAUGCGUUAUGGGGAGAUGACAUCUAAUGUGGUGGAGUCAUUUAAUAAUUGGAUUAAAAAAGCACGUAAUCUUCCUAUUACUCGAUUGGUGGACACAAUUCGUACUCAAUUGAUGCGACAACUGUUGGCGUGGCAUGACCAAGCAAACAAGUGGAAGGAAACAAUUUGUCCUACAUUUGAAACCUUGCUUCUUGAUACAUUCAACGACAACAGUUCUUGGCAAGUUAGCAAAGCCAGUGAAGAUGUAUUUGAGGUUCAUUCAAUACCAUCUGUUAUAGUUGGAAUUGGAAGGCGUACGUGUUCUUGUUUCCAAUGGCAGAUCAACGGAUUCUCAUGUGACCAUGCUAUUAUUGCUAUUCAGAAGAGCCGAUACAAUCUCAAUGAUUGUAUGGAACAUUACUUUCAUGUAGAGACGUAUCGUGUAGCAUAUUCGGUUACCAUAUUUUCCAUAUCGUCAAUGGAAAAGCCGCCUUUUCGAUCCCACAGACUUUACCAUAUAUCCACUAACUAUGAAAAGACCACUCGGCAGGUUGAAGAAGAAUAG